AUGAACGUGAUCAAGGAAAUCCAACGGCUCAAUGAGCAAGAGCUCGAGCAAGGCGUGGGCAUUGAGGGGUCGUGGCACCACAUCUAUCGGGACUCGGCAUGGGUGUACGUCGGAGGCCUCUCAUACGAACUCACGGAAGGCGACAUCCUGUGUGUGUUCAGUCAAGUGGGAGAGAUCGAGGACAUCAACCUCGUUCGUGACAAGGACACAGGCAAGAGCAUGGGGUUCAGCUUCAUCAAGUACGAAAAUCACCUGUCGACGGUUCUUGCAGUCGACAAUUUCAACGGGUCCACGUUAUUGGAACGAAUGCUUCGUGUCGACCACGUCCACAAAUACAAGUUGCCCAAGGAACUGCGGGACAAAGAGGAAAACGAAGUUGCCGACGAUGAGGAAUUGCGCGGGAAGCCAGGACAUGCAUACGAAGGCAAGGAGCUAGCGAAUAAGUUUGACAUCCAUCAAGGAGUGGACGUGUUCAAAGUCAAGAUGACCAAAGACGAGAAAAAGAAACUGAAGAAAGCGGCGAAGAAGGCAAAGAAGGAAAAGAGGCGGCAAGCAGAUAUCGAAAAGAAGCAAAUUGCAUACUUCGAAGAGAUAAAGCUCAAACGAGCGGCGCGCGCAGCGCAGGAGGCGGACGAACGUGCGCGACGGAUGCAGAUCGAAGGCGUGGAAAACCCUGCGGACUUCAUUAUGCCGAGCGAGACAGGGUGGCGAGGACGCAUGCGAGCUCUUGCCGGUAUUUCCGCCGCCAUGCCCCUCUCAGCCCCGACAACUUAUGGCGGUCUCCUGAGCACAACGACAUGGGAUCAAGACCGUGUCUUUGGGUGUGUGUGCGACUCGUCGUGGCCCGUGGGCCUCGCGUCCGGCCAGGUUCAGGCGAGUAGCUGGUUCGGCUCCGACUGUUCAUUGCAGCAUUGUCCAUAUGGAGACGAUCCCGUCACAACUGGGACGAACGAGCUGGACUGCUCGGGCGUUGUCGCCCCUGGCGGGUUUGGAACAGGAACAGCAGGGAAUGUGUGCUUUGCCGAGUGUUCCAAUCGCGGGGUGUGCAACUAUGCCACUGGGGUGUGCACAUGCUUUGAGGGAUUUUACGGGUCGAAUUGUGGCACCAUGUCGGUGGGGUAGAGAAAGAGGAUGCGAAUUUAACG